AAAAAAAAAAAAUAAAUAUAAAAAUGAAAAAUAGAAAUCCAUAAUUUUUAUUAAAUUCUCAUGAUAGUUUUCAAAAUAAUUGAUGCAUCCAAAGUGCAGCAUUUGAAAUUAUUAAGUUAAAAAUACGAUAAUUCAUAGUUUUCAAUACAAGUGAUUAUUUAUUGGGUACAAGACUGUAGUCUCUAUGGCCGAUGGUGUGUGGCAAGUGGCCUUGUUUUACUUUAAAAUUAGACUUUGAACUUGUCGCCUGAUACUUUUCGCGGCCUAUUUAAAAAUUUCACAUUAUUAAAUAAACAAUUUAAUAAUUAUUAUUUGCGUUGACAAACAUAAAAUUGCCUGCCACAUUUUAAUUACUUCUCGAAGUAGAUGGAAAGUUUAAUAGUAAACCGUAAACCACAGAGAUAAAGAAUACAAUUCUGCAGUAUCUACCUUCUAUUAGUGCACUGACUGAAUAUUACAAUUUAUGGUUUGGUGUUACUAUUUAGCCAAAAUGUCGUUAGUAAGUGACAAAAAUGGCUCCUCAUAGUUGUAAAGGCUGUCUGCAUUACAUUAUUGCAAAAAGGAAGAAAAUGUCUGAAUUAGAAAACAAACCUCUUCCUAUGGAAGUUGAACAAAAUGGACUGCAAAAUGGGAGCGAUCCUCCAUCAAUGCCUUGGUUUGGCAUGGACAUUGGGGGUACCCUAUCCAAGCUAGUUUAUUUCGAGCCAAAGGAUAUAAUGCAAGGUGAAUCUGAAGAGAUAGAUAUAUUGAAGAAUAUCAGAAAAUAUUUAACAAAAAAUUCUUCAUAUGGAAAAUCUGGGCAUCGAGACACACAUCUGCAGAUGGAUAACGUAGUAUUACGAGGACUAGUAGGAACAAUUCAUUUCAUCAGAUUUCCAACGUCGGCAAUGAAAAAUUUCUUAAAUUUAGCUAAUCAAAAAGGCAUGGCUAAAUUGGUAACCACAGUUUCGGCAACCGGCGGAGGAGCUUUCAAGUUUGAAGAGGAUUUCAAAAGAGAAGUCAAUAUGAAAUUGGCGAAAUAUGACGAGCUGGAAGCGCUGCUAAAAGGGUUGAUAUUCAUCGACAAAAAUAGUCCGACAGAGUGCUACUAUUGGAGCAAUCCAACGGACGACACCAAAUGUGCCAAAGUUAACUACGAUUUUUCGAAACCUUAUCCAUUUUUGUUAGUCAAUAUUGGUAGUGGAGUUAGUAUUUUGUCAGUUAAGAGUGCUACGGAGUGUAAGAGAGUAUCAGGAACAAGUUUGGGUGGCGGAACGUUUCUUGGACUGUGCUGUCUUUUAACUGGGUGUAAUACAUUUGAAGAAGCUAUUAGCUUAGCAGCUGACGGAGACCAUACUCAUGUCGAUAAAUUAGUUAAGGAUAUUUAUGGGGGCGACUACGCCAAAUUUGGUUUGCCAGGAGAUUUGGUUGCAAGCAGUUUUGGCCAAAUGAAUUCACGAGACAGACGAAGUAAAGUAAGUAGGCAAGACUUAGCACGAGCCACAUUGGUCACCAUAACAAACAAUAUCGGUUCCAUAGCCAGAAUGUGCGCUAUGCAACACAGUUUAGAAAGAGUGGUAUUUAUAGGUAAUUUCUUACGAGUCAAUCCUAUAGCGAUGAAGCUUUUAGCUUACGCCAUGGACUAUUGGUCAAAUGGAUCGAUGAAAGCCUUGUUCCUUGAGCAUGAAGGAUAUUUCGGGGCUGUAGGCUGUUUAUUGCAAUACCACGACAAUAUCAUUAGGUAAAUAAAUGAAUAUUAUUGUGCAUAAGUAAAUCAUAUUGUAAUACUAGUGUUAAGAAAUAAGAAUACAACAAAAAGUGGCUUAUAUACUUAUUAUUUAUGUUGAGAAAGUAAUAAUCGAAAUAUGUAUUUAACUUGUUCCAAAUUGGUAAUUUAUAAGUUUUCAUCAAUUAUAUUUUUUGUAAAAAGUAGUACCAGAGGGUUUCUACCGUUUAUGUUAUUGUUAUUAGUUGAUUAUAAAUUACACACAGGAAUUUGUGUGAAUAUCUUUUUAUACCUUUUUUGUAGAAUAGUUAAGAUUCCUAAUAUAAUAAAUAACUCAUAUGAAUCAAAAAUGUUUUAAUAUUAAAGUGCUGUUGAAUAAUUUUAUGAUAAUCUGUGAUGUGCAACCACUACAUUAUUUUUCAAUUGGUUCCAUUUAUUUAUUUUUUAAUUUUAAAGCUAUUUGUGUUUGAAAGUACAGAUAAGCUUUUUUAUUUUAAUUUUAAAGCCUAGCACUCACUUGCGGACCAAUUGAACAAUCCGAUGCACUUAGUUUGGGAUGUGAUUCAGAGGCGGUCAAGCAUUUGUUGCAGAUCCUCAGAGAAUUUCAUGCGCUGUAUAUGUGUGUCUGUGUUUUUAAUGGAAAACCUUUGUUGAUAUUAGAUUAAUUAUUGAAGCACUGCCUUGAUAGGCCAUUGUACGUCCUCAUGUGAGUGCAUAGCUUUACAAAGUGUCUUUGAAAGUUGUACAUUAACUUUUAAGUUUAUAUAUUAUAUAAGUACCUUAUUAAUUUGUAAGUAAAAACAGGUGUUGGUUGUGGCAUUUAUAGUGCACAGGUGUAAAAUAAAUUAUACAGCUACACUUAACAAUAAUAUUUAUUGACAAAAAAUAUAUUACAAUAAAAAUCGUUUCUAUAUGUCAUUCCCUUGUUUAUUUAUUUAUUUAUUCUUUUCAGUCAACCCAGCAUAACCUGAAACAAAUGUAUUUAUUUAUUUGGAAGGAGCAGUAGACCCUGCAACCCUACCACAUUUAUUAGGCAAUUCAAGUAUUCACCCAACCCACCUAAUAGUAACUACAAAAUAAUGUAUGCUUAUUUUUUUCUCACCUUAGAAAUAAAUAAUGUAGCAAAUGCCUUAAUAAAUUAGUGGGAAACAAAAAUAAUUGCAGGAUUUAUUUAUUCUUAGUAACAGUAUGUAUGUAUGUAUUACAUCAAUUUUGCUUUAAGCAUUCAGCUUAUCACUUGAAAAUAUACUAAUAAAUAAUAAAUAAAUAAUCUAUUUUGCAUUAGAAAUUGUCAAGGUUCACAACCUAACCCACUUUAGUCUCUUCAAGUCUGCAAAUUUUGAGAAAAUGUAUCUGAGAUUAAAAAUACUGAAGUGAAACUCACAUUUUGACAUAAUCCCUCUUUUGUCUAUAUUCGUAGUUGCUGAAAUCCAUAAUAUUUAAAUUUUGAUCCACUGCAGCAAAUAAGUACUCGGAAUCGAAGGAGAGGCUGUAAACUGGC